CUCCACGCUGGUUUGUUGCCGGAUAUUCAUCGAGGAGGAAAAGUAAGGUACGACACAUCUGUGGUCCGGAGUCCGAGCCGCCAGCACCGGCUCCCCGCUGGGUCCGUCUGCCACACGAAGGACGAAGAAUGCGAUCCGCUAACAGGCUUCCAGCAACCAGGAGGACACUCCGCGGACAUUCAGUAGCCUGCCAUCACCUCAGUUGUGACUUCCGCGCAAAACUAUCCGAAGACCGGUGUCUGGCAGCAGGUCAGAGAGCGAAGGCAGAGCAAGGAGGCGCUUAUAUGGAGCCCACCUUCAUCCAGGUGCUCUCAAUCACAGCUGCCACCGACCACCGGAACCUGCCGGUCUGAAAAGGGAACCUUCCAACGACCACUUUUCGUACUCGGGGUCCCUCCUCGAUCACUCAUCGGGGAGCUGCACCCAGAACUCGUGCAUACAGACACAACCAUUCAUAGGAGGACGUGUAAUUCUAUGUAACACCUGGCGUACCAAGACAUAUGUCAUAUGUCGUCAUCGCUUAAGCACACUGUGAAAAUGUGACUGCAUAUUUAGUUUGUACAUAUGAUAUGUGAUGGCCUUUUUUAUUUUUAACAGAUGAUCAAUCCCUUUCCCUUCUUCUUUUACAGGACGGUGCCAGAUUUUGAAUGGAGUCAAAACACAGGUUUUCAUUGUGUUGUUUAGCCAGGUUCACUCAGGGCUCCAGAUUCAGGACAUCCCGAACAAAGAGUGAAAAAUGGUCAAGUAUUUCGGUAAUAACAUAGACAUCGGGAGGACCUGGGACCACGUUGUCUCAGCUUUUUGGCAGAGGUAUCCCAACCCCUUCAGCACCCAUGUCCUCACAGAGGAUGUUGUGUACCGGGAGGUGACGGCGGACCACCGGCUUCUCUCCAGACGCCUCCUGAUGAAGACCAAUCGGCUGCCUCGUUGGGCAGAGCGUCUCUUCCCCGCCGGCAUCUCUCGCUCCGUGUACAUUAUCGAGGACUCCAUCGUGGACCCGGUCAACAGGAGUCUGACCAUCUACACCUGGAACCUCAACCACACAACUCUCAUGUCCGUUGAAGAGCGUUGUAUUUUCCGGGACUCGCUGGAGCAGCCGGCCACCACCCAGCUGAGGCGAGAGGCCUGGAUAUCUUCAAAUGUUUAUGGACUUUCCAGACCUAUUCAGGAGUUUGGAUUGGCCCGCUUCAAGAGCAAUCAGGUGAAGGCCAUGAAAGGGCUGGAAUACGCACUGUCAAACUUGCAGGGAGAGACGCCCCAGCGGCCGCUCAGGGACACGGUGAAGGGCGCCUCGGAGAAGGCCAAGGAGACGGCUAAGAGCCUGGCUUCGGCCGCCGCCGGCCCCCAGAAGCCCCCCCAGUACGUCUGAAGGGGACGGAGCGCCGCGAAGGUUUCGCCCACACAAUGACUUCUAGAUCGCCUCGACUGGACGGGAGGGUUCUUUGUGAAGCGGCCGCUCCUCUCUGCGGGUGGACUUUUAUUUUUUUUUUUCUCUUUAUUUCCCUUUCUCUACUUUCAGCUUUCUGUCCUCGUCGAAUCUCAGGUCCUGAACUUUUGUCCGGAACACUUUGCCUUUGGGGAGAAAGUUCAUAUUGGGACAGCAGAAACCUUGUUAUUUCUGUAGCUACGUGGGGUACUAAUG